AUGAAGCUCUUCAUUAGCUUGGUCCUGUGCCUUGCAUCUCUCGUGGCUGGAGUGCCAGCUCCCGCCCCCGACACUGCGGAGGCAGCAGUCGCCAACGCGAACCCACUCUCAGACUAUCACGCCUUCAACGUCGCCAUCCCUGAAACCACUGAUGGUGUCGACACCAUCGAGGCACGCGGCUACGAUCCCUCCACUGAAUGGCAAAAGCACGCCAUGGUCGAGGUCUGGACCGGUGGUGCAAAGCGACAGCCCAUGAAUUAG